ACCGCAAUACACGUCAUUUCCUGCUUCUGAAUCUGACGUGUCUUAAAACUGUUUUGCACCAGUGGUGGUUCCAACGCGUGGGGGGGGUUACUUUCUAUUUAAGUAUUUUGGUUACGUGGUGUCAAGAUGCUUGACUUUUUCACCAUCUUCAGCAAAGGGGGGAUAGUGCUGUGGUGCUUUCAGGGAACCGGUGUCACCGAGUCCUUCACCGGGCCCGUCAACGCCCUGAUCCGCUCCGUGAUCCUGCAGGAGCGGAGUGGAAAUAACUCGUUCACUCACGAAUCCCUGAAUCUUAAAUAUAAACUGGACAAUGAGUUUGAGUUAAUUUUUGUGGUGGGUUUUCAAAAGAUCCUGACGCUGACCUAUGUGGACAAGUUCAUAGAUGACAUCCAGCUGCAUUUCAGGGAUCUUUAUAAGAAUGAACUGGAGCAAAAGGGUGCGAUGAAGUUUCUUAACCACAGCUUUGAGUUUGGGGAUGACUUCCAAAUGCUUCUUCGAGAGGCAGAACAGGGCAGCAAAGCUCGGAGCCCAGCACCAAUGCGUUCCUUUAAGGAGUCUGAAAAAUCCCAAAAAACUGUGAAGUCAAUGAUAGAAACCAAGGGUGGGGACAAAGAAAAGGAACAGGGUAGCAAGAAGAGCAAGAACACCAAAAAGGAAGACCUUGUCAAAGCAGAUCAAGGAAAAGGCACAUCUGCCGCAAAACUGGUUGAGAACGGAAAUCACGGCCUUAGUCCUGAAGAGAUCAUGCAGAAGAAGCGAGAGGAGUUCUUUCGCAAGCGUACAGUGAGACCUGUUGAAAAAGUCAGUAAGUCUCCAAAGCCUCAGAAGCCCAAGGAGAAACAGAGGCGUGUUUGGGGCAUGGGUGGCAACAGUACCAAGGACCUGGACUACAGUGACAGAAACGGAGAGGGUUCCUCUAGUGGGUGUGACCAACACCAGGAUGCACCUAUUGAUCCUGGGAUGCAGCCAACCUCCAUGGUUGGAGAGUUGCCAUCUGUGGAAUGUGAUUCCAGUGACGAUGGCGAGGAGGAGGAGGAGGAGGAGGAGGAAGAGGAGGAGGAAGAAGAGGAAAGAGUUGUUGUCAAUACAGCACUCAAGACAAGUGCCAAGAAGAGCGGUGGCUUUGGAGGCAUGUUUGGCAUGCUGAAGGGCCUGGUGGGCUCCAAGAGUCUGAACCUGGAUGACAUGGAGCCUGUUUUAGAGAAGAUGAGGGAGCACCUCAUUGCAAAGAAUGUAGCAGCUGAAAUCGCCUCACAGCUUUGUGACUCUGUAGCCAAAAAAUUGGAAGGCAAAGUCAUGGGCACCUUCACCACUGUUGCCUCAACGGUAAAGCAGGCCCUGCAAGAUUCGCUGGUGCAGAUUCUGCAGCCCAAGCGAAGGGUGGAUAUUCUGCGAGACGUCAUGGAGGCGCAAAGUCAGAGGAGCCCUUUCGUCAUUACCUUCUGUGGCGUCAAUGGGGUUGGAAAGUCCACCAACCUGGCAAAGAUCUCAUUCUGGCUCAUUGAGAACGGUUUCACCGUGCUGAUCGCAGCCUGCGACACGUUCCGUGCCGGAGCGGUGGAGCAGCUGCGAACCCACCAGCGCCGCCUGAACUCUCUGCACCCUCCGGAGAAACACAAAGGGCGAACGAUGGUCCAGCUCUAUGAGAAGGGCUACGGCAAGGAUGCUGCUGGAAUUGCAAUGGAGGCUAUUGCUUAUGCUCGCAACCAGGCUUUCGACGUGGUGCUGGUGGACACCGCGGGGCGUAUGCAGGACAAUGCGCCCCUCAUGACAGCCCUGGCUAAACUCAUCGCCGUCAACAUGCCUGACCUCGUGCUGUUUGUCGGGGAGGCUUUGGUGGGCAACGAGGCAGUUGAUCAAUUGGUCAAGUUCAACCAGGCUCUGGCUGACCACUCUAUGUCUGACAAACCUCGCCUCAUCGACGGCAUCGUGCUCACCAAGUUUGACACCAUUGACGACAAGGUUGGCGCAGCAAUCUCUAUGACCUACAUCACGGGCCAGCCAAUAGUGUUUGUGGGCACUGGGCAGACGUACAACGACCUGCGCAGUCUGAAUGCCCGCGCUGUGGUCAGCGCUCUGAUGAAGGCUUAAAGGCGGCCGCACGCUUUUAUCUUUGUUGUUGGACAUCGCGUGGAAGCCAGCUAUCAUCUCGCCAUGCUGCCAAGAAAUGCUCAAGCCCCUACUAUAAGCCUGCAUUUGCCGUCCUGCUGUGCCGUUCUCUCUAUCAUGUCUCAUUUUCUGCUCUUGACACCAUUGUCCCACCUUGAGGGCGGUGUGAAAGGACGGCAUUGAAAACACACAACCAGAGAAGCCUCCCGUUUUCUUUGACACGUAAGGAUUUGGGCCAAAUUGACAAGUAGCUCAUUAUCCACUUGAGUUUUGAAUCGAUCCCAACUAAUGGACCUGUUUACACAAUAAGAACUAGUUAAACAACAUUUUGUCUUUUCUUCCCUACCUAAAUAAGGUCAUGUUGACAGCAGCUGCCUGUGCAACGUCUAGUGACCAUAGUGCCUAGUUGUCAUGGUUACGUCUUACAUCAAGGACACAUGGAACUUAAUCCUACUCAAGAGGAAAAGAUGGGACGGUUAACAGUCAUGAAUUGGAAUGAAAUGUACACUUCUACAUUGUCUUAAGUGAGCUAUACACCCUAACAGAUUUGACCUGGCCCACCCUGCAGUUUAAAAAAACAAUACAACCGCUUACUAACUUUUACUAGGAGCCCCAAAUCAUUUAACCCACGAAUGCAUAACAUUACUUGGAGUGCUGAAUAUUUAUUUUCCCAAUGAAUCUACUAUGGUUCCCGACAGGAAAGAGGUUCCCAAACUCUGCUUUAAUAACUAGUGUUUCUUUCCAGGCUAAUUAAUAGAAUGAAUCAGUGGAGACCCGGAAAUACUUUUGUAAUCGAGUAAUUGCUCUGACCCGAUUUUCCAAGAAUGGUUAUUUAUGUUAUCCCUAUGAGUUUCUUAAUUGAUUCAGGAGGAACUCAACCCAACCCCUCCCUUUAACUUGCAGUUAUGCAAUAUUAGGGAAUUUAAGAUUAUUUGAGCUAAUUUAUGAGAAUGUAAACAUUUCUAAAUAAAGCUGCUGUACGUGGCAUGCAUUUUGGAACUUC